GCCAGCCGCAGGGUGGGGGUCCGUGGACCUCCCGGCCUGUAGGGGGCGUCGGACGCAGUGGAAGGACCUGCUCCGGAGCCUGGCCAGGCUGCGCAGUCAUGAUCACCGAGACCGCGGCGGAGCCCACGGUCCUUGCAGUGCCCGCUGCUGAGGAGGCCACCGAAGCCCCGGGACGCAAGGAGCCGGCGUGGCCCUGGAAAGACGCCCCGAUCCGGACGCUGGUGCAGCGCAUCCACCAGCUGCAGGCUGAGCGCGCGCAGGGCUUCCGCCGACUGGAGGAGGUCCCCACCUGCCGCAGAGGCCACCGCCAGUACCUGCGCAGCGGCCCGGACUACGACUUCGCGCGCUACCGGAGCACAGUGCACGAGGUGACUCAGGCCUUCGCCGCCGCCUCGCGGGAGGUGCUGGCGGUGGAAGCAGAGCUGGCCGGGCCUCGCAGGCAGCCGCUGCUCGCCAGCCACGUGCGCAGCCUGCAGGAGCUGGAGCAGACGCGGCUGGGCACGGUGGCCCUGCUGCAGCUGAUGGAGACGCCAGAGCUGGCGGGGCAGGAGGACGCUGUACAGAUGCACCAGCUGAAAAUGAAGGUAAUUAAAACCAUGGAGGCGAUCAGCGAGGUUCUCCAGGACCUCAGGUUUGAUGCGGAAUCUGCCGAGUGAUGGCGGCUCCCCAGGGAUGCGCCGAGGGAGAUGGGAAAAGGGGCGGAUGGCGUCCAGCCCAGCCCUAACCGCCAGCUGGCUGGGGUCGCGCCCCACUGCGCUGCUGACCUUCGUGCAGUUCGAGACACCUCCCACAAUAAAAAGCUCUUCCUCUGCA